GGGGGGGGUGGGACCUGAACAUGGCGGCGGUGGUAGCUGCUACGGCGCUGAAGGGCCGGGGGGCGAGGAACGCCCGCGUCCUCCGGGAAUGAAGGAAUGGAAUUGGCUAUCCUUAAGCUCCCUUCCAGGGCUAACGUCCUGCAGUUACAAAACAUUUCUCCGGAUUCGCUUCAUACGUAUGUCUCCCGUGAGUCCCUCUGCAGUCCUUUCCAACCUGCCGUCUGAAUGAAGAACAGCGAAGCUCGCUCUCCUGGCAGCAGGGCGAGGAGCCCGCAGUGACGUGGAAGUGGCUUCCAAAGGGAUCCUCUCUGGAGCCACUGCUAACAAGGCUUCCCAGAACAGAACUAGAGCACUGCAGAGCCACAGCUCACCAGAGGGCAAGGAAGAGCCAGAGCCUGUCUCCCCCGAGCUAGAAUACAUCCCCAGAAAGAGGGGCAAGAACCCUAUGAAAGCUGUGGGACUAGCCUGGUACAGCCUGUACACCCGCACCUGGCUCGGGUACCUCUUCUACCGACAGCAGCUGCGCAGGGCUCGGAAUCGCUACCCCAAAGGCCACUCCAAAACUCAGCCCCGCCUCUUCAAUGGAGUGAAGGUGCUUCCCAUCCCUGUCCUCUCGGACAACUACAGCUACCUCAUCAUCGACACCCAGGCUGGGCUGGCUGUGGCUGUGGACCCCUCAGAUCCUCGUGCUGUACAGGCUUCCAUUGAAAAGGAAAGAGUUAACUUGGUUGCCAUUCUCUGCACCCACAAGCACUGGGACCACAGUGGUGGAAACCGUGACCUUAGCCGGUGGCAUCGGGACUGUCGAGUGUACGGGAGCCCUCAGGAUGGCAUCCCCUACCUCACCCACCCCCUGUGUCAUCAAGAUGUGGUCAGUGUGGGACGGCUUCAGAUCCGGGCCCUGGCCACCCCUGGCCACACUCAAGGCCAUCUGGUCUACCUGCUGGAUGGGGAGCCAUACAAGGGUCCUUCCUGUCUCUUCUCAGGGGACCUACUCUUCCUCUCUGGCUGUGGACGGACCUUUGAAGGCACUGCAGAGACUAUGCUGAGCUCACUGGACACUGUGUUAGACCUGGGAGAUGACACGCUGCUGUGGCCUGGACAUGAAUAUGCAGAAGAGAACCUGGGCUUUGCAGGCGUGGUGGAGCCAGAGAACCUGGCCCGAGAGAGGAAGAUGCAGUGGGUGCAGAGGCAGCGGAUGGAACGCAAGAGCACAUGCCCAUCCACCCUGGGAGAGGAGCGUGCCUACAAUCCAUUCCUGAGGACCCAUUGCCUGGCGCUGCAAGAGGCUCUGGGACCAGGGCCAGGCCCCACUGGGGACGACAGCUGCUCGCGGGCCCAGCUCCUGGAAGAACUGCGCCGGCUGAAGGACACUCACAAGAGCAAGUGAUAACCCCAGCCCGCCCUUGCCUAGGCCUCCCCUGCAGAGAGGAGGCCACCCACCACCACCUGCACCUCUCCAUCCUCCUCAUCAAUACCACCACCACCACCAUUAGUGCCCAUGGCGAGCACCAUUCCUCCACACUGGUCAGGGAAGGGAGCACCCAGGCAAUGAGACCUUGAGGAGGGGGCAGAGUACAGCUGGGUAUCAAGGGUGAAAGGAAAGGAAGACCCAGGACAUCUCCAGACUAUCUAGAAGGGUCCCCCUUCCUUCCUCCAUUCGUGGGCCAACCUCCAGGCCAUGAAGGCUGCUGUUGGCUACCCUUUCAGAAGACACCCUCCACUGAAGCCCUGAAACCCAGGGCAGCAGAUCCCUGACCAGGUUGAGUCUGUCUUCCACCUUGCCCCAUGCAGGGUUUUCAGAGAAGCUCACCCACAAAGUGGUCUAAGGUGUGGUGCCUGGGGAAGUGGUCACCAACAGGGGCAGCCAAACUCUGAGUGACUGAGACUCUAAGCCCCACCCCACCCACCCUGCCAAGACAUUGCCAAGCAGAACCAUUCCUAUAAAAUCCCAAGGGCUGAGAGUCCAGAGUCUGGCACUGGCCAAUCCCUGCUUCAGUAGAUUGUCUUGCAGCCUACAGGGGAAGGGUCCCAGUUGCCAAGGAAACCUCUGCAUCUCCAGCCAAGGAGACACAAGAUGCUGGGAUGCAGAACCACACGCCCUGAACAUCUGUCCUGGGCCUGCUGCUGGCCUCUGCCCCUGCCCUGGGUCACAAGGGCCUGCCUUCCCAGGGGAGAGACAGCUGUGGUCUGCCCAGAGAUGCCAUUUUCUCCUUUUGGCCCUUGUUCAUAGGAAUUCCUGCCUGCCUUCUGUCUUAAUCUCUUUUGCUUUCUCCUCAACUCUUUUCUUCUUUGAGUUACUAAAGGAUGACCUUUCAGUCCUGAGACUCAUCUGACUCUGCAGUUUGCCAAGAACUUUUCAUUCCCACGUGAUUUCCCACUGGAUCCUGGGCCCCUAUUCUGGCUGGGAGGAGAGGCUCCAGGCAGCAGUGUGGAGAAAUCAGAAGUCUGGGAACAGGGAACUCAAAUGAAUGGCAGCUUCCAGAAGUCUAGACCUGGUCUUGCCCACUGCUCACCCCUCCUCUGCUUCUCCCCUGGUCUCGGGUCCAGGUCCCUUUGGGGCCACAGUGAGGACCAUUAUUGUCCUUAAGCAGGCACACCUUGGGUCAGCCAGGAGCCACAUCUUUCUAUAGCAGAGCCUUCUCUCGGGCUGUUCAGUGCCCCUUUUCCCUCCUCAUCUGGCCUUAGCCACCCUCUUCAGCUCCAGCCUCUGGAACCUCUACUCUAGCAAUACCACCAGACUAGUUAGCCUCCUCCCCCAACCCCUACCCAGACAUGCAGUUUCACGCCUUUGUGCCUUUGCUCAUGCUGUUUCUUCAGCUGGAAUGCCUUCGCUGCUCCUCCUCCUCCUCUGCCUGGCAAACACCUAUCUGCAUCUCCCAGGUCCCUCCCCCAAGAAGGCACCCCCUCCCCUCCCCUCCAGGCUACCUCUGCACCUUGUAAAUGCUUCUCUCCUGGCACCUAUCACACCGUAUUUUACUUGUUUACAUGUUUGUCUCCCCUUCUAGACUGUGAAUCCUUAAGGGCAUGGACUGUAUAUUAUGCAUCUCUGUAUUUCUGCGCCUAGCACGGUGCUUGGCACACAGUAGGCGCUCAAUAAAUGUUGAAUGAAUGAUUUAACCAA